AUGAACCAGACCAACCAGACCUGGGUGACAGAAUUCUUCCUCUUGGGACUUUCUGAUGACCCUCCGACUCGGCUGCUACUCUUUGUGUUGUUCCUGGCAGUCUACUUGGGCACCAUACUUGGAAACCUGCUUCUCACAUCCCUGAUUCUGCUUGACUCACAGCUCCAUACACCUAUGUAUUUUUUCCUCUGUAACUUAUCUUUUUCUGACCUCUGCUUCUCAACUACCACUGUUCCCCAAACCCUAAUCCACAUGUUAUCUAGCAAGAAAUUCAUUUCUUUCAUAGGCUGUGCAGCUCAACUUUUUCUCUUCCUGUUCUUUGGAUGUACAGAGUGUGCCUUAUUAGCUGUGAUGUCUUAUGACCGGUACUUGGCAAUCUGUGAUCCCAUGCACUAUCCCCUCAUCAUGACAUGGAGAAUGUGUAUUUUCAUGGCCUUAGGGUGCUGGUGCAGUGGCUUUGUUGUAUCCUUGGUGGACAAUACAUUUGUACUAACCCUCCCUUACCAGGGAAACAAAAAAAUUUCUCAUUACUUCUGUGAGGCCCCAGCUCUUCUGGUUGUGGCAUCUGCAGACACUCACAGAACAGAGAUGGUCAUUUUCCUUGUGGGUGUGGUGAUUAUAGUUACACCAAUGCUUCUGAUCCUGAUCUCAUAUAUAUUUAUCAUAGUGUCUGUGGUCAAAAUGAAGACAGUCUCUGGGAGACUGAAAGCCUUCUCCACCUGUAGCUCCCAUCUCAUUGUGGUCAUCCUUUUCUAUGAAUCAGCAAUCAUCAGCUACAUGACACCUAAGUCUUCACAGGAACUAGGGAAGAUGGUAUCUGUAUUCUAUGCUGUGAUAAACCCUAUGCUUAAUCCCCUUAUAUAUAGCUUGAGGAACAAAGAUGUGAAGAGGGCAUUCUGGAAUGCAGCCCACAGGAGACCAUUGUGCAGAACCUGA